CAACCAAUCAAAAAACACUUAAGAUAUGAUUACAACAAUCAGCAGCGUUCUACUGUCGUCACGUGAUUGCUUAUGAAAUUCGAUUCACUUGCGUAGACUGAUAGGAACGAUAGUUGAACUAGCGAAACGUUUUAAUCUUUCAGGAACCUUAUGCUCGCCGCUAGACGUUGUAAAAUACAUCUAAAGUUUCAGCUAGAAGCUGCGUUUAUACAGAAGGGAAGCCGCUUCCUUUGGGUUAAAGUUAGCUGCUUUAAAAUAUUACGCUAGAGUAAGCCCGUUGAUAUACUUGAGAAAAUAAUUAGAAAUAAGACGAAAAGGAAAAAAUGCACAACAGUUCAAUGGAUAAUAGCAUGAUAGUAUGGCGAAAAUGCACGCCGUUUUGUGACAAGUCCGUUGAGUGUCCUGAACAUCACGAGAUUCUUCAGGCUGUAGUAAAUUGUACAGAUCAGUUAGGACAUUUGUCUAAUUUAGAAGUUUUAAAAAAUAAUAUAGAAAAGAACGAGAGCAUGGGAUGGGACAAGAACUCUGAAAUACCUGACCCUGUCAGGGAAAAUUGUUUGCCUCUGAUACACUGGGCCGCUUCUCUUGGAAAAUGCAAUGCUUUAGAAUGGAUGUUAAAUUCAGGUUUUGAUUCAAAAGUAACAAGCUCUUUGCCCGAAAGUCUAGGAGAAAACGCUCUCCAUCGGUGCGUCAUUUUUCUAUACAAAUCACGUCCAAAGUUUACUACAAAAGAGUUGCGACCAAAAUUUCGAAAAGUAUGUUCACUUCUUUCAAACUUAUUGUCUAUUCCGGAAUUUUUAAAUAGCAACACGCCUUUGCACACUGCAGCAACCAUGCUAUUGAACUCAGAUUCUCGUUUAGUAUUUUUUGUAACAGCUAUUGAUGUAAUGGCUGCGCAAACUCGUGAAAUGUCAGAAGAACAGCGUUCAGCGGUGCUAGAUAGCAGAAAUAACGAAGGCAAUACUUGUCUUCAUAUUUUAGCUCAUAUACAUGAAAAAGGAAAAAUAGAUUAUGCAUGCCAAUCGAUUGCUGCUCUUUUAAGAGCCGGAGCGGACAAAACUAUGAAAAACGACAAUGAUCAAACUCCAUUAGAUAUAGCUAUACAAAAAGGGUGCAAUAGUAUAGUUGACGAACUUGUCAAGAUAGUAUAUCCGUCUCAUACUACGUCAACGUCCGGAGAUUGUCAUGAUCCUCGUUCGUUAAUGACAAUGGUAGAAAUUCCAUCAAGGUCAAGGGCAAGUCCAAUAAGUUCACUUUCACUACAAAGACCAUAUUAUUCGUCAGAUAUAUCUCGAUCUCCUACUCGGAGUCGUUCACCUCUUCACGGUUCUCCUGAUUCCCCAGGUUUACACUCGCAUUAUAACGACAGAGAUUUACCAAUGGUCGAACCUGGUCUGUAUAAAAUAAAGCAAGAAGGAGAUUUAAAAAUAGACUCAGCGGAUAGCAGUCAAAAUGGACAUAUUUAUCCGAUGAGUCCUUCUUCGCUUUCAGACUCAAAUUUUGACGUAAAUUCCCCAUUGCUAAAUCAUCUUCGCGAAGCUGGCCUAUUAAGCGAAGUCUCAAAUUUGUUAGGACGAGCUAAAGCAAGGGACGAAGGCCAACUUCGCAGAUAUCAACAACAAGCAAAAGAUUUAGAUACUCAGAUAGUCUAUAAACUAAAGGAAAUUGAUAGAAUUAACCAAGAAGUCGAAACUCUACGAUUGAAAAGAAACCGUUGUGACGAAGAGGAAGCUAGUUUACGAAAGAGGUUAGCUUCAUGUUCGAGCGCUAUAAGAGAGCUUCCUAGAGAAAUGAUUUCUGGACACAUAAAAUCUUCCGCUUCGCCUCCUAUAUCAUCAAACACACUCUAGAACAUUUUAUCAAAAUUACGAAAAAAAAAUUAAAGAAAUUAUGAUUGAAAAAAGCGAAAUUGGUUGUUAAUUUUGUAUAUAAUAUAUUGUGUUUCAAUUAAUUGACAGAAAUCCUUUUGUUUUGUCAUUUUAACUUGUUAAAUCUUAAGUUUGUCUAUAUUUUUUGUAAAUAUAAUCAGGAUUAAUUUUUUA